AUGUCAUCGAAUCCGGAAGGAGGCAAGAGCAGGUCUCGGACAAAGCUUCUGAUUGAUAUUCAAAAUGCUGUCCAGAAGCGUUGGGAGGAGCACAGAGUAUUUGAGGCAGAGCCUGGGAGCAAACCUCCGGGCCCUGGCGAAAAAUUCUUUGGCAGUUUUCCCUACCCGUACAUGAAUGGCUUGCUGCAUUUGGGCCAUGCCUUCUCAUUGUCCAAGCUUGAGUUCGGUGCCGCGUACCACAGACUUCGUGGCUCGAAUGUCCUUUUGCCGUUUGCUUUCCACUGUACUGGGAUGCCCAUAAAGGCCUCGGCAGACAAGCUUGCUCGAGAGAUUGAACAAUAUGGAAAUCCUCCGGUAUUCCCUGCAGCGGAGGAGAAUUCAAGUGCUGAAGCGGUAGAUGAUUGCCAGGUUGCUAUCGUUCCAGAUAAGUUCAAGAGCAAGAAAAGUAAGGCUGCCGCAAAGUCUGGUGUGCAGAAGUUCCAGUGGGAGAUCAUGAAGAGCUUUAACCUGUCAGAUGAAGAAAUUGCCAGAUUUCAGGAUCCUUAUCACUGGAUGACUUACUUCCCUCGGUUGGCGAAGGAUCAUCUCAAGGAUUUUGGGCUGGGUUGUGAUUGGAGGCGUUCUUUCGUAACCACUGACAUGAACCCCUUUUAUGAUGCUUUUGUCCGAUGGCAGAUGACGAAGUUGAAGAAACUGGGCAAGAUUGUCAAGGAUAUGAGGUACACGAUCUACUCUCCAUUGGAUGGCCAACCUUGUGCUGACCAUGAUAGGGCAACAGGUGAAGGUGUGCAGCCACAGGAGUAUGUGUUGAUUAAAAUGGAGGUUCUCUCACCUUUCCCUCCCAAGUUGAAGGUCUUGGAAGGGAAGCAAGUCUAUUUGGCAGCAGCUACAUUGAGACCUGAGACGAUGUAUGGGCAGACAAAUUGUUGGGUAUUGCCUGAUGGGAACUAUGGGGCGUUUGAGAUUAAUGACACUGAAGUCUUCAUUAUGACAGCAAGGGCUGCUCUUAAUCUUGCGUAUCAGCAUCUAUCUAGAGUCCCAGAAAAGCCAACCUGCUUAGCUGAACUGUCUGGCAGUGAUCUGAUUGGUCUGCGAUUAAGAUCUCCUCUCGCUUUCAGUGAAACCAUAUAUGCACUGCCCAUGCUCACUAUCUUAACUGAUAAAGGCACUGGCAUCGUGACUAGCGUUCCAAGUGAUUCACCAGAUGACUUCAUGGCACUGCAAGAUUUAGUCACUAAGCCUGCUUUGAGAGCAAAGUAUGGAGUUAAGGAUGAGUGGGUUCUUCCCUUCAAAGUCAUUCCAAUAAUCAACAUUCCUGAAUUUGGAGAUAACUCUGCUGAGAAGGUGUGCUCGGAUCUUAAGAUUAAGAGCCAGAAUGACAAGGAGAAGCUCGCUGAAGCAAAAAGAAUGACAUACCUGAAAGGAUUUACUGAUGGGACAAUGAUUGUUGGGGAGUUCAGUGGCAGAAAAGUUCAGGAAGCAAAGCCACUGAUAAGGAAAAAACUAUUGGAGGAAGCCACUGCAGUUUUGUACAGUGAGCCUGAGAAGAAAGUAAUGUCGAGGUCAGGCGACGAGUGCGUGGUUGCGCUCACAGAUCAGUGGUACAUCACUUAUGGUGAAGAUGAGUGGAAGCAGAAGGCAAUCCAGUGUUUGCACAAUAUGAAUACUUUCUCAGGAGAAACUCGUAAUGGUUUUGAGCACACGUUGGGCUGGCUCAACCAAUGGGCAUGCUCACGUUCUUUUGGCCUAGGUACUCGUAUUCCUUGGGACGAGCAGUUCCUUGUGGAAUCUCUUUCAGAUUCAACCCUGUACAUGGCUUAUUACACAAUUGCACACUAUCUGCAAAAUGGCAACAUGUAUGGGAAGGAAGUAUCAUCCAUUAUGCCAGAACAAAUGACAGAUGAAGUCUGGGAUUAUGUGUUCUGUGGUGGUCCAGCACCCCAGAGAGACAUCCCUUCUUCCCUCUUGUGCAAAAUGAAGCUAGAAUUCGAGUAUUGGUAUCCCUUGGAUAUUCGGGUAUCUGGUAAAGAUCUCAUCCAGAACCAUCUGACAUUCAGCAUUUACAACCAUACAGCACUUCUUCCGGAGCACCAUUGGCCUCGUGGCUUCCGUUGCAAUGGGCAUCUUAUGCUUAACUCUGAGAAGAUGUCCAAGUCCACUGGGAAUUUUCUAACUCUUGAGCAGGCCAUUGCUGAAUACUCUUCUGACGCCACUAGGUUUGCCCUUGCUGAUGCUGGUGAUGGCAUGGACGAUGCGAACUUUGUCACUGAAACAGCAGAAUCUGCUGUUUUGAGGCUUACAAAAGAACUCACAUGGAUGGAAGAGGUUAUGGCCUCUGAAUCUUCUCUAAGAUCUGGGAAACCCUCUACUUUUGCUGACCUUGUGUUUGAGAAUGAGAUAAAUAUUGCUGUGAAAGAAACCGAGAAGAGCUAUGAUGCCUUCAUGUUCAGAGAUGCCCUCAAGUCUGGGUUCUAUGACCUGCAGCUGGCUAGAGAUGAGUACAGACUCUCCUGCAAAACAGGAGGAAUGAACCGUGAUCUCUUGAGGCGAUUUAUGGAUGUCCAGACCAGGCUGAUCACCCCCAUCUGUCCACACUACGCUGAACAUGUGCGAAAGCUCCUGAAGAUGGAUGGUUUUGCGAUAAAAGCUGGGUGGCCAGUUGCAGGCACCAUUGAUUCUACUCUAAGAUCUGCAAACAAAUAUUUACAGGACUCCAUAGUUUUAAUGAGGAAGCUGCUUCAGACGAGAGAAUCUGGUUCCAAGAAACCCAAGAAGGGAGCUCCGCCUCCUCCAUCAGAGAAAAACAAGCUGACCGUCGGUCUGAUUUAUGUAAAUGAGCAGUAUUAUGGGUGGAAAGAGCAGUGUUUAAAGGUGCUCCUUUCAAAUUUCGAUAGCCAGGCAUGUUGCUUUGCCCCUGACGAGGAGAUUAACGAGGCAUUGAGGAAUUGCUUCAUUGGACAGGAAGCAGACUUUAGACAAGUCCAAAAACAAUGCAUGCCUUUCAUCAAGUUGAAGAAAGUUGAAACAAGGAACUUUGGUCCCCAGGCUCUGAACUUGAAGCUUCCUUUUGGUGAAAUCGACGUUCUUGAGAAAAAUGUGGAACUGAUAAAGAGACAGUUACGACUUGAGCACAUAGAGAUUCUGUCAGCUUCUGAUGAAGCUGCUCUUGCCAAAGCUGGCAGCCAUCUUUCUGUGCUGAACAAGACCCCACCAUCCCCUGGUGAACCGGUCGCAAUAUUCAUGAGCAGGCAGGAGUUUGAAGCCCAAAACUGA